CCGUUCAAGCUCCUGCUCCCGUUCAAGCUCCAGCUCCUGUUCGUGCUCCAGCUCCAGUUCCAGCUCCCGUUCCAGCUCCUGCUUUAGAUCCAGCUCCAUCUCCCUCUCCCUCUCCCGCUCCUGCCCGGCGGAAGUUGGAGCCCAAGCAGUUGAAGUUCAAGGCUCAGCCCGGCUGCAUGGGGAGGAUUUUCCAGCUGGGCAGGAGGCAUCUGGAGCAGGGAGGGCUCCGGAGGGAGCAGGGAGGAUGCCCCAAGCCUCGGGGUGCCGCAGUUCCCACCUCUAUUACUACAGCAUCAAGUUUGCUCUCUCCACCUAUGCCACCCUCUUCUCGAUCCUGGGCCUCCUGAUCCUCUGUGUGGGGAUUUAUGCUGAAGUGGAGAGGCAGAAGCACAAAACCUUGGAAGGGAUUUUCCUGGCUCCGGCCAUCCUCCUCCUCCUGCUGGGCUUCACCAUGUUUGGGGUCUCCUUUGUUGGCAUGGUUGGGAGCCUCAGAGACAACAGGACCCUGCUGAAGGUGUUCUUCUGGGUCCUCCUGGGGAUUUUCCUCACGGAGCUGCUGCUGCUCUUGAUUGAAAUCAUCUUUGAAACCAAGAUGAAUGCAGUUUUCCACUCCAGUGUCCAGGAGGGCAUCAGACACUAUUAUGAUGACCUUGACUUCAAAAACAUCCUGGAUUUUGUACAAGAAAAGUUCUCCUGCUGUGGUGGUGAUGAGUACCAGGACUGGAAGGUGAACCAGUACCACUCCUGCAACAGCACCGGGCCCCUGGCCUGUGGGGUGCCCUAUACCUGCUGCAUCAGGAGGAUCCCUGGAGAAGUUGUGAACACCCUGUGUGGGUACAGGACCCUGGAUAAAGAGCGCCUGGAGCUGCUCGAGGUGAUCCACGUCCGAGGCUGCAUCCACGCCGUGGGGCUCUGGCUCAAAGACAACUUCGAGGCCACUUUGGGCAUCGUUUGCUCCCUGCUGCUUCCUCAGGUGAUUGGCCUGGUGAUGGCUUGGCUGUACUGGCAGGAGCUGGAUGACAUCUACUCCAAGCUGGAUGCUGUUGACUUCAAGCUCCUGGAGAUGGGAGAUUUCAGCUUUGGGGCAGUGGAUCUGAGUGGUGCAGGCUGGUGCUGGUGCCUGCCCAAGGAAGGGGGUUACAUCCCUGUCAAUGAUGGGGAGGAGGAAGAUGAAGAAGAGGAGGAAGAGGCCACCUGCCACAGCAAAGUGUGAGGAGGCUGAGGACUGAGAAGGGGGUGGAUGGUGAAGGUGGAAAUAAUGGGAUUUAUUUUCUCAGGUUCAAGGGAUGCUCUGGGGGGGAAACUGUAAAGGAACACUGGAGG